CUUAUACGUCCGGCCUUGGCCGCUUCGGACGAGGAGUGCGUGAAGGAGGCUUCAGAGGUAAUCAAUGACAAGGUGAGGUCGACCAUCAACAUGGACAAAUCAGAUCCCAACGUGGCGGCUGCGGUGGCAGAGCUGAGGAAAGCGUCCAACCUGUGGGUGGCCAAGUACUGGGGCGAUAAAUCCCUCCUCGGCUGGCCUUCCUUCCACGACAUGUACUCCGCUCUCAACGCCGUGUCGGUCCACUACAUCCGCUUCGGCUCCACCGUGCCUAUGCCAGCCAAGCGUAAGGCUCGUAUCUUUGAGGAGAAGGGCACCGCCGAGAAGGCGCUGCUCAAGGGAAGGUAAAUGAGAUUCAGAUGGUGUCCACUGAAGCAAUUUUAUUCCUUGCCGCCAUCCCUAUAUUGAUCAUCAACCGUAACAUUUUUUAUCUUAACGUGUAACUAAUUAGUUAUUCAAUACCCCGCUGAUCAUUUUUCACAGCUGAGAAUUGAGUGGAGUCAGAGAGUGCUUAAACUCUCCACACCGCCUUUUCCACAAUUGCUAGCUACUUGGUACGGAUUAAUUGUUAUUUAGAAGUUGCCUCUGUUGGAAAAGAGCAACGCUACUUCACACCCAAAGAACUGCCUCCAUGUCCAAGGCCAAAAAUGUUUAUAUCAGUAUUUUCAAUUUUUUAAAAAAUUUUAAAAUUUUAAAGGAGUGUUUAAAUUUUUUGAAUGAAAAGACAAAAAGAUUAUAUUUUAUUUUUAGGUGUACAAGUAAUAUUUUUUAUUGAAAAAAUCUCGUUAGACUCUGACAUAAAAAUAGAUGUAUGUAGUACCGUUGCCUGCGUGUUGCCUGUGCAUGGUUGAACGUUAUUAACAUUUCCAUAGGCUGGAAGAGUUAUGUUUAUUUCUUCAUGCAUCUCUAUGUUAUUUUGUCAGAAGUAAAGGUACAAAAGCACCUUAGUUGAGGUUAAGAACUAAAUCCCACUAACUUGUAGGCCUGUAUAUAUGCUUUUGGAGUAGUAUAACGCUGCCACGAAAGCAGAGGAUCCUUGGAGCCUCCUAUUGAAGGGAGUACUCUUGAUAGCAGGGAAGGUUGAACUGUCCCCUCUUGAUUUCUGAUCUAAUCUCAGCGUAUAACACCGACCCUCAUCAAGCCCAAGGAAAUCCGCAAUGCUGCAUGUCAGGUUGGGAGCGCACUCAUAGGAGUCGGCCAACGAGUACUGCGACGUGAUCUGGAGCUUGAAGGUGUAGAAGCUCACGGACACGUAUUUAAUCCAGGCGAUGAAGGGCGGCACCUUCUGGACGUAGUAACCACCAGCUAGCAUGAAGCAGAGCAUGAGGACGGAGGCGAGCGUGGUAGCCGCCUUGAGUUCCAUGACGAGAGCGCCGAGUGCGAGGCCAAGGCCCUGGGACACCAGCACGCUUAGCAGCGUGACGAAGAGGAGCAUGAAAUAGCUGGCUGCCGCCGGCUUCAGCCCACCCAUCCAAUACAUGAUGGUAAUGGAGAUUGUCGGCAGGAUGAGCUCCAUCGGCAGAUCGCCCACUAAUCUAGCCAUGAAAUACGAGGAUAACCGGUACAUCCUCGACAAUCUCUCUUUCGUCAGCAUCAUGCGCUCUUGCGGGAAAGUGAAUAUAGCUUGAAAUAUAGGAAAGAAGUUCCAGAACCCUGUGAUGAAGAACAGAAGGCCAAUCUGCAACAAGGCCACAAUUAAAUACAACUUAAUCAGAAUAAAAUGUGGGAAGCGUUCAAAUUGUUUUUCUUUCUAUUACCCAAAAGAAGAGAGAGAGAGGACGAACGAGAAUGGGAAUCAACCUGGUCUUGAGCAUGCCCUCCAGAUUGGAGCCAUAGGAAGCCAGCCAAAAGAGCCGUGAUGAUUACUUGCGCAAUCUUGAGUCCCGAGAAGGACUCGUGCUUCCUUUCCUUGAGAUCUCUCUCGAGCAACACAUGGAAUUGCUCCCACCAACUCGUGCACCACUGAUUCGCCGUCUUAUCUGCCUCCUUUUCUUCAUACUGGUUGCUUGAUUCUCGGAGUUCCUCUGCUACUUGAUUGUGGAGCUGUACUCUGUAGGCUGAGGCCAGAGCUUCUUUCACACAUGUCUGAUCAUCCAGCGUUUGAUCUGGAGAUACGCCUGCAUUUUUGUUCGGCCAAGGAUUUAGUUCUAUAAUGAAUAACUAGCUUAACAUCUAUCGGCAAUGUACAGAACAAAAUAUGUGGACAGUAGCAGCAGAUAUAAUUCAAUUACAGAGAAUUAGAAUGGAAAA